CGAUUGCCUGUUUUACAGCUAGCUAUAGUAUUUUUUAGAGUAGCUUUCAUUCAUGCAAUUCUAGAACUUACAAAUGAGCAUAAAGAAGAUUAUGCUGCCCCAAAUCCAUAAACUAAUUUUCAUGUGUGUGCUUGACUGCUAGCCAAGGCCUUGGCUUCUGCUCAAUCAGAAAUUAAGUGGUUUAUACCCAUUUCACACUCUUGAGUUCUUGUGCACUGAGUUGAGGGAAUUAUCUUGCCAAACACAGUGAUUUUAAGUAGAAGUAAUUGAGUAAGGUCUUUGGGGGUUUUUUAUGUUCUCUUUGAUGUAAGCUUUCUGCUUAUUUUUUAGAUAUGCUCCUCUCCCUGUGAAGUUGGUACUCUGAAGGACCUCCACUUACAUACAGUUCUGUAUUUAUUAGAAAAUUUCAGCAGUGAAGCAUCCUGCAAAAAAAGAGAGGAUUAUUUGGAAUGGCCUGAAUAUUUUAUGGCAGUAGCAUUUCUGUCAGCACAAAGAAGCAAAGAUCCAAGCUCUCAGGUUGGUGCCUGCAUUGUAAAUUCAGAAAACAAGAUUGUUGGAAUUGGCUACAAUGGGAUGCCUAAUGGUUGCAGCGAUGAUGUACUACCCUGGACAAGAACAGGAGCAAAUAGAUUAGACACGAAAUAUCCUUAUGUGUGCCAUGCUGAAUUGAAUGCCAUCAUGAACAAAAACUCAGCUGAUGUGAAAGGCUGCAGCAUGUAUGUUGCCUUAUUUCCAUGUAAUGAAUGUGCAAAACUCAUCAUCCAGGCAGGCAUAAAGGAAGUUAUUUUCAUGUCUGAUAAGUAUCAUGACACUACAGAAAUGACAGCUGCACGGCGGAUGUUUGAUUUGGCAGGUAUUAUAUAUAGUCAAUUUGGGAAGGUGUCAAACAUGCCGCCCAUAAUUAAUUCUUGGGAAUUCAAGCCAAAGUGUAACAAGAUCAUCAUUGACUUUGAUUCAAUUAACAGCAGACCAAGUCAAAAGCUUCUGUGAAUUAUGUCUCAUUAAGUCUUUAGAAGAGUGUGAUUAUCCUUUUCUAAAAAGCUGCUAAUGCCUUUCAUCUCCAAGUAACUUGCAACUUUUUAAUGGUUUCUGUAGCUGAAGUAGACUUACAAGAAAUCCAAGGCAUAAAAUGUCCUGCUCACUUCAUCUUGUCAUGUGGAAUCUAAAUCUACUUAAAAUUUUCUAUGCCUUUAUCAAAACUGCUUAAAAAGUGGAGACACAUAGAUGAAACAAUAUAAGUAAAGGAAACUGUUCUGAUUCUUCCUGUAUUCAUCACCACAUGCUCUGAUGGGCUGUCAGCACAGAUUUAGCCUCAGUUUAACAGUACUGCUUGUAACCAGUAGUACAGUCGAAUAUGCUAAUGUAUGUUGAUCUCUGUUGGAUAUGUGGAUCUUAACAGUUGAUCCUAAUAAAGAACAAAAAAUGUUAUCCAUGCAAAUGCUAAUCUUCCAACUAGCAUAACACUAAUAUUGAAAAGGUUUUACAGCUUUAGGAAUGUGUGGCAUUCUGCUUGUUAUCCAGCAAAUGAAAUGCUGAUUUUUCUUUUAAUUACUGUCUGACAUUGUCAUAUUUGGGCAGGGUUAAGAGAGGAAGCUGUUCUGAGAAUUGUCCGUGCCUGAGUGAGCUUUACAGGUGCUUUCAAAUCCUUACUUUCCCCAAGACUCCAGAACUGAAGGGGAUUGAGGGAGUAAAUAGUUCAGUGCUUUACCUCUGGGACUUUCACAACUGAGUUUGUUCUCAUGUGUAAAAGAAAAUAAUUUUAUUGGUCUAAGCUGUUCUUAGAUAAUCCAACAUAGCUUAGUCUUAAACUCCACCUGUAAGGUAACUGAAUCAUUUUUUGUCCUUUGAGAGAAAUUCAAGAUAUUCAACCCAUAUCCAUAUCUGUGCCAAAAGAUGUAAUUACGAUGUUAGCUUGUUUCCCAGUGCUGACAUAGUACCUCCAUUUUCAUAAAUGUUGCCUAAAAUAAUAUCCUCUUUAAUUUUAUCUUGAGAUCUGGGAAUAGAUUUGAGUUCCUUUUCUCUAAUUUGAUUUUUAAAAAUUAAAUAUGCCUAAUGGCUUUGUUUAGAUAACAUUGGUGGUUGUUUGUUUUGUUGUUUUUGUUUUUGUUUUUUUUUAAUGUGGUUAUACUUCAAUGAGCUUUUAUUUUCUCUACAAAAGCUUUGUUUCAUAUUUUGGGACAUUAUGUAAUUUGGCUUCAUACCAGUAUUAUUAAAGUCUUAUUAAAAUCCA